AUGAAUCAAACAAUAUCUGAUCUUACUUUAGACGAAAUUUUUGAAUCAAGAAAACCUGAACCAUACAUUAAAUCUUCUUGUAAAAAGUGUAUUACACCUAUCGAGUUUUAUCCUGAAGGGGAAUCAGUCGGACAAAAAGUUUCAGUCAAAUGCUGGGCUUGUGGUGAAGUUGAAACAUACACAGUAGUCGAACCAACAAAAGACAACAAGGAAAAUCAAUCAAAGUCAUCAGGAAAGAAAAAUGCCGAUAAAAAGCCUAUAUCAACUGGCUAUUAUGAUUUAUUAAAUGUUCCAAUAACUGCAACACAAGAAGAAAUUAAAAAAGCCUAUCGUAAACUAGCAAUAAAAUAUCAUCCUGAUAAAAAUCCUGAGGACCCAGCAGCAGAAGAAAAGUUCAAAAAAAUAUCUGAAGCGUAUCAAAUCUUAUCUGAUCCAAAGUUAAGAAAAAGAUAUGAUGAAGUGGGUGAAGAAACUGGAGUUAAGCCAGACGGAGGAUUUGUUGAUCCAGAGGAUUUCUUCAAAACAGUAUUUGGAGGAGAUCGAUUUACGGAUAUUAUUGGUGAGCUAACUAUGGGUAGAGACAUGAGAGAAGCAAUUGAAUCUGCUGAAGAAAAUGACAAUGAUAAAAAUUUAUCACCUGAAGAAAAAGCAACUAAAGAAGCUCAGAAGGCCGAAUUAGAAAAAGAGCGUACAAAAAUACGUGAAGAACGUAUUGAAACUUUAAGUGUAAAACUUAACAAAAAACUGGAUCUAUAUAAUACGCAUGGUGAAGAAGAAUUUAAGAAGAUAAUAGAAAUAGAGGCGGAAGAUUUGAAGUUGGAGAAUCAUGGAGUUGAGUUAUUACACACAAUCGGGAAUAUUUACAUUACGAAGGCGAAUCAGUAUAACAAAAAGAGCUCUAUGUUUGGGUUAGGUGGUACAUAUUAUAGUAUUAUGGAGAAGGGGUAUAUCUUCAGUCAAACAGUAGAAGCUCUUAGGACUGCAUAUAAUUUACAAAGCACUUUUGGUGAAUUGCAAAAAGCUGAGGAGAAUGGUGUAUCAGAAGAAGAAAGGGGUAAAUUAGAAGAAGCAGCUGCCACAAUGGUUCGUUAUAACAAAAUAGGUUUGAAAGCAAUGUGGAAAGGAUCAAAACUUGAAAUUGAAGGCGUAUUGCGUGAUGUUUGUGAUAGAGUUUUAGGUGAUGCAAAUUGUAGUAAAGCAGAAAUUGCCAAUAAGAUUCAUUCGUUAAGUCUAAUUGGUACUAUUUAUCAACAAGUGACCUUAGAGGAGAAAAGUGAAUGA